UUGACGAAAUGAGUAGCAAAUUCGAAUAAAAAAACCUCGCUUUUUUGCACAAGAUCUGCUUUCGCACAUGCAAAAAUGAUUUUCAUUUUGCACAAUAAUCGCAAACAUUAUCUUUCGACAGUUGGGAACCUCGCCGGUAUCAGUACUGAGCCUAUCCAUCAUCUUCCAUAGCAGAAAAGCCAAGGUGGUGUUUGCUAUCUGAUAUGAAGAUUCAGUUAUUGGAAAAAAUAUUUUUGGCUAUUCAUCCGUGAGAUCGUUCACUAGGCAGGUGUUUUGGUCAUUCAAUCAGGGAAGUAUAAGAAAAUGGAUAUUCAAAAUCCAAUAGUUUCUACAAAGUACGGUCCAGUCAGGGGCAUUAGGAAGACGGCUGCUACUGGCGUGGACUACUAUAGUUUCCAGCGCAUUCCUUAUGUGAAAACCCCGAUCGGAGAGUUGAGAUUCAAGGAUUCUCAACCACCAACGCCAUGGAUGGAGCCGUUGGACUGUACGGUUCAAGGACCGGGUUGCUAUCAGUACAGCAAAUUACUGAAUAAAAUUAUCGGUAGUGAAGAUAGCUUACAUAUGAAUGUAUUCACCAAAAAUCUGGAAAAGGGUAGCAAACUUUUACCGGUACUUUUGUAUAUCCACGGAGGGGCAUUCAUGCGUGGUUCUAGUGGUGUUGAAAUGUACGGUCCAGACUAUCUAAUCCAGAAGGACGUUGUAUAUGUUAGUUUCAAUUACCGAAUAGGUGCACUUGGAUUCAUUUCAUUCAGCUCUCCAGAACUGGAACUGCCAGGCAACGCUGGGUUAAAAGAUCAGAAUUUAGCCCUCCGUUGGGUGGUUGAGAAUAUUUCCAAUUUUGGGGGUGAUCCGAAGAACAUCACACUGUUCGGUGAAAGUGCUGGAGGAUGUUCCGUGCACUAUCACAUGGUUUCCGAGCAAUCGAAGGGACUUUUUCAACGUGCCAUUGUUAUGUCGGGAUGUGUUUUGAACAACUGGUCUGUGGUGCCGCAGAGGCAGUUCAGUGAACGACUUGCUAAAGCACUUGGAUGGAAUGGCCAGGGUGGCGAGAAGGCUGCACUGGAUGUUCUUAUGCAGGCUGAUCCAGUGGAAAUUGUUAGAGAGCAAGAGAUUCUUUUAACGGAAAACGAACUUGAAAACCGCAUACUUUUUGCUUUUGGGCCGGUCAUCGAACCGUACGCUAAGGCAAAUUGUUUUAUUCCAAAUGAUCCGUUGAAAAUGUCCAGAAACGCUUGGAGCAAUGACAUCGACAUCAUUAUCGGGGGAAACUCUGAAGAAGGACUUUUCUGUUUAAGCGGGAUCAAGGAAAACCCAUCUAUAAUGAGUAACUUGAAAAAUUUCGAAUAUCUGGUACCGCUGGAUUUGGAUCUAGUGAGGACAUCUCAGCAAUGCAAGGAACUUGGAAUGCGGUUGAAAAAGUUCUACUACGGAGAUAGCGAGCCAUCGUUAGAAAAUCGGGACGGUUACCUUACGUUAAUGACGGAUAAGCUUUUCUGGCAUGGAGUACACCGUACGAUUUGCUCCAGGAUGAAUUUGCAGAAGAAUGCCAACACCUACGUUUAUCGUUUCUCGGUGGAUUCAGAUACCUACAAUCACUAUCGGAUCAACUUUUGCGACAAGAAUGUUCGUGGAACGGCCCACGCUGACGAUCUAUCCUACAUCUUCAAGAAUGCUUUCGGCGAUGCUCCACCAAAGGAUUCAUUCGAGUAUCGUGUUAUGAUGAAUAUGGUUGAUUUGAUUUUCACAUUUGCCUCGAACAAUGGAAACCCUAAUGGAGUGGCUACCAAUGAAUGGGAACCGGUUGGUAGCCAAGUGGGCCCGUACAAGUGUCUCAAUAUAGCGAACGAUGGACUGAAGUUUAUUGAUUUUCCGGAAAUGAAAAGAAUGGAAUUGUGGGAUUCGUUGUAUACCAAGGAUCAACUUUAUUGAAUGCGUUUACCAAACACCAUAAAUAGUAAAUAGUUGGAAGAAUUACACGCCUAGUGAAGUUUGAAGUGGCUUUGUUUGGUUCCCGUUAGCAGGCAGAUUUGUUCUGGUGUCGAUGGAGUAACUGAAAUAUAAAAGAGAAGAGAAAAUUA